CCCCGCACCCCGCCCGCGACCAAGCUCGGCCGCCACCGCCGACUCGCGCCCCCCGCCGGCAUCCACGUCUCGCCCAUCUGCCUCGGCGCUAUGAGCAUCGGCGACCAGUGGGGCCAGUACGGCAUGGGCGAGAUGGGCAAAGACCGCAGCUUCCGCCUGCUGGACGCGUUCUACGCCGCGGGCGGCAACUUUGUCGACACCGCGAACACGUACCAGGACGAGACGUCGGAGCGGUUCCUCGGCGAGUGGAUGGCCACGCGCGGCGUGCGCGACCAGAUGGUCGUCGCGACGAAGGUGCGGCGGUGUGCUGCGUGCUGGGCCGGGAGCGUGCCGUGCUGA